ACCAGCGUCAGAAUAUGUGAUGUUGGCCAUCAAUUCUAACAUACCUAGCUGGUGACUUUCUGGCUAAACCUAGAAUCUGGAAAAGGAAGCUAACUUUCGAGUCAUUUUCACAGUCCCGCUCAGUGACGGAUAGUAUUUUAAGAUAUCGGUUUUGGAUUGCCUGCAGGUAACUUUCUUGAAUUUGGCGAGAAAUACUGAAAAGUCUUCCGUCAUCAUCUCGACCCACUGCGGCUUAGAUACUCUACAUUUCCAACUUAGUCUGCCGCUUUGUGUGAAUUCCACUGAUAAUCUGCUGGUCACUGAUGGAGGUUUUGGGGUCAAUGAGGCAGUUGAUGACAUGACAUCCAAACCUUGCGACCUUGUUUAUACAUUCGACGGCGGACUAUAUUUCGCAGGGUCCCUAAAGACGAGCUUGGUGCUAUAUCGAAACUGAUGUUACUGUUCAAUCCUCCUGUCAACAAUAAAAAAGCCGGCCAAGGACGAAAUUAAAGCUAUACAUAGAAUAAUCAUCUUAACCUGGCCAGUAUAAAUGCAAGCGUAUUGUCAGUCCGUCAAGAGCCAAUCGGUUGUUUAUGAUGUGAGCCACAAUGUACCAUUAAUGGCAGACACCGGCACAGGUUGGCAUUUGUUCGUUUCUCUCUGAUAAAGGCUAUACGUUGGUAAGACAGUUUAAACUGGUGUCUAAUUUAUUGACAUGUAUCAAUAGAAAGGGUGUGGCCGUUUCUUUUUAAUUCCACUGUUCUUACAAUGUACUUCAAUUAACUGGAAAUGAACUUUUCAAAUGAUUCCACGAUUUUCUCGAACGAUUCUACGAUUUUUUCCAACGAUUCCGCGAUUUUUAACGCGUUUAACGUGACUGAUGACCCUGAUUCCAGCCUGGGAAUAGGACGUGCAGGAAGGGGGUCAAAGUACAUGUACCUCAAAUAUCUAUUGAUUCUCGUAUUCUAUGGCUUUGGCCUCGUCGGGAAUAUAUGUGCAGUUGUCAUCCUCUCCUCGCGAAGAUCUGACGGAUCCAUCCCGUUGACGCUGCUGCGAUGCCUCGCGUGGACCGACCUCUGCGCAAUCGCGAUCAGCGCCAUCAUUUCCGUCAUCGGGCUCUCGGCCAAAAGCGCAAUUGACAUGAGACUGUACUGUCACUUCAAGGUGUUUACCAAUCUUCUUAUGGGAUACUUCUCGCAGUGUUUGGCUACAUGCAUGGCCGUGGAGAGAUGCUUCGCCAUGUCCAUGCCGUUCAAGUACACACGGACCACCUUCCUGUCUUUCCAGACCAUGACGCCAAGGUUCAUCCAAGCGGCCCUGGUAUUCUUUGGCCUCUUCACCAUAGCUCUAUCGUCCCUCACCUUCGCCAGCCCCUCGCCCUCGCACACGGAACUCCAGUGCGAAUCAAGCUGGCAGUCCUGGGACAGUUUCGACGUCAUCUAUUCUUACGCCAAGGCAGUCUCGGGCCUGGUCCUCAGCCUGAUCAUCGUGGUGGCCAACUGCGUCACUGUCAUCUACUUGUUCCGAAUGCAGGUCCGCCAGAAGAAAAUGACGCCUGAUGUCAUCUUACAGGGCGCCAAGGCUGGCGGACGAAGGGACUCGAAACAGCUCAAGGCUGAGCGUUCAUUUGCAAAGAUCCUCGUUAUCUUAUCAUUAGUAUGUUUGGUUUGCUGGACGCCAUUUAUGUUAAUAAUUGUCAUCAACGCGUCCGGCAUCAAGACGUCAAAGUCUCUUGACUACUACGGCUCCUUUCUUGUUGGUAUGAACUUCGUCCUUGACCCUUAUAUCUACAUCUUAAUCAAACAGCAAUACAGACAGAGGGUGGUCAGUUGCUUCAAGACCAUGUGCUGCUGGCUGUGCCGGUGGAGGAGACGGGGCCGGUUCAGAGAGGAGAUGGAGCUCGAGGAAUCUACAUUUCGUACGAGCCUUGCCAUGGACAUACACAUCUCACCGUUCAAAGAUCUUGAAGAAGAGUUAAAAGCUGUGUAUCAGGGCAACAGAGUUGUGGUGAAAUGAAUGCUAAAAAUUAAUUUCAGUCAGGAUUAGUUCUCAACUGCCAGGUUGCCCCCAGGACCAUUAGGCCAAGGGAUAUGAUGAUAAUAACGAUGACGGCGAGGAUGAUGAUGAUGAUGAUGAUAACAAUGAAGAACUUCGAUGUUACGUGUACAUUCAGGCUUGAUCCUUGUAAAUUAUGAAUGAAAGUACACUUUGUGCAGGUCGUGUUAAGAUGACUGGAGAUGCAUAUGUGACCUGUUCUAGCAAAACCAGUCGCAUGUUGCACAUAAGAUGAGCCUAGAUGACACCAGAGAUACAGAAGAAAUUGAUGUCGUCAGAUUUCACAAAAGGCAGACAAUAGUGAAAUGAACAAACAGUCCUUCUCAACCUGCCAAGCUUAGAGUGACAUGCGACUGGUUUUGCUGGAACGGGUCACAUAUGGAACUGUCAUGAUGUCACUGCGUAAUGUAGUGCAAAGAUACAUCCAAAUGGGUCUACCUACAAGAGACUCGUCCAUUGAUGACCAGUGCGAUGACACGUUUGACUUCGACAAAAGGAGACCAAACUCACAAAUAAAAAAGCACAUCAUUUUAAUGAAUUAUAUACAAACUGAAUCACAAUUGAAAAGGUUACAAAAAGAUGCUAUUUUUCUCAGUACUUGUAACUGCAAACAAGGACACUAAU